UCAACUUCCUUUUUUCUUGCGGCUGUCGUACAGAGCGCACUUUGGCACGUGAAUUUUCACAUAGAAAAGUACAAUUCUAAUAUGGAUAAACCAGUUGUUUGGGCUCGUGUUAUGAAGGUUCUUGGCCGUACCGGCUCCCAGGGCCAGUGUACACAAGUGAAAGUGGAAUUUCUUGGCGAACAGAACCGUCAAAUCAUCCGCAACGUGAAGGGACCCGUCCGUGAGGGCGACAUUCUCACCCUGCUGGAAUCUGAACGUGAAGCGAGAAGGUUGCGCUAACAAUUUUCAAUGGAUAUGGAGAGAGCACAUUACUUGGAGUUUAUUUAAAAAGAUAUUUCUAAUUCGCAUUGUUGCCCACACGAGGGCGGGCACAAUAACAACAACUAAUGGAAACCACAACAACAACAACAAUGUCGGUGCGACUGUCAGCAAAUCUUAUAAACAACAGAAAUUAUCUUCAGAUUCACCACAGAAAACGCAUAAUAAAAUUUUGACAAAUUUUAAAA